CCAACAUCCUGAACACGGCAUCGCUUCAAAAUGGCGGAACGAAAGGCCACCAUUUCUCGCAAAACGAACGAGACAGAGAUCGAAGUGUCUAUCAACCUUGAUUGUCAGCCUGGCUCGACUUCGCAGCAGGUUAUCGAAGUUUCUACUGGAAUUGGAUUCUUAGACCAUAUGUACCAUGCCCUCGCGAAGCACAGCGGCAUAUCGCUCACCCUGAAAGCUAAAGGGGAUCUCUGGAUAGAUGACCACCACACAGCUGAGGACACCGCAAUCGCGCUUGGAACCGCGUUCAAGGAAGCUCUUGGAGAGGUGAGGGGGAUACGGCGGUAUGGGACAGGAUUCGCGCCUCUCGAUGAGGCCUUGUCUCGCGCAGUGAUCGACAUCUGUGCACGCCCAUACUGCGUGACAGAUCUGGGGAUCAAGCGCGAAAAAAUAGGAGAUCUGUCCACAGAAAUGUUCCCGCACAUCUUCUACUCUUUUGCCAUGGCCUCCGGCUGCACACUACACGUUGAUGUGCUCCGCGGGGAAAAUGAUCAUCACCGCGCUGAAUCGGCAUUCAAGGCUCUGGCGUUGGCCAUUCGUCAAGCGAUCGAGAGGACGGGAGGAAACGAUGUGCCAAGCACAAAGGGAGUACUCUAGCAGAUGGCCACACGGCGGGGAGUCUAGACCUCGAAACUUAGGGCACGCCACGUUUCGACGUGGAUGAGAAGUUUCCGUGAUUUCUGGAUUGCGACUAUCUUGUAAUUUGUAUUGUUCAUAAAUAUAACGAGACUU